UGGACAAAUCCAGCUCCGUGAUUUAACUACAGGCUUGAGCAUGCUACUCAAUGAUUCUUCAUUCUUAUCUUUAAAAAAAAAAAAAAAAAAUGGAGUUAAUGUCCCUUUAUCAUGGGGCUAACGAACAGUUUAAAUGAGAUAAUCUUUAUCAGUCACCUAAUAGUUCCUGCCUACUACAUAGUAGACACUCAAUAAACAAUCCUUUCCUGUUCUUAUUUGUCUAUGAAUAGGGAUUGGGAUGGAACCAGAGCACUUUACUGAUCUUUCUCUGGCUCUACGGUUAUCCCAGUGUAUUGCUAUUGUAAGCUAAUGCUGACUGCACUGAGCACUCAAUCAAGGGACAUGUGCCAAGCUAGUGACAUAGAGGCAUUAUUUCUAUCUCCAGUGAUUGUGCGCUAUGUAAGGUUCUUUCAAGGGUUUGGUUUGUUUGCUUUGGGUUGAGGGAAGGAGCCUGGAGUUAAUUAUUAAGGAAAUUAAGGACGAAGGGCCUAUUAGAUACGGCAGGUGGGUCCUCAAGCCCAAACAGCCUCCAUUUCAAAGCUUCUUAAACUUUAAGAGGUUGGGAAGAGAAUUGUUAAGGAAAGUGAAGGAGCCGUAUUUGCAAGGCACAGGAGAUAAAUCCAUACGCUGCACGGCCCUGCGCAUAUUAUUUAAGAUCUCAGAAUCUCAAUUUUCUCUAUCUGUCAAAGGUUAACAACCUUCCCUUGACAGAGUUGUUGGGACAACUAAAUAAAACGGAAGUUGUUUUCCAAGUAUCUGGUAAAUAUUAGCUCUCAACAAAUUAUCCCUCUGAUGGCGUAUCUGUACCUUGGAGCCUCAGGGAUCUGGGAAAGCGAAGGGGGGCUCUACUUUCUCUCUGUGCCUCAGAUUUCCUGCCCCAGGAAACCGCACUCCUGCCCCCGGCGUUCAGGGAAAAGGGACCUGGAUGAGGGCUCCGUGGGCUGCUGCUUGGGUCCCAGAGGACCUCGGGUGAACCGGUUCCCUCCAGCUCACAGCCACACCGGGGCACAAACGGGCUCAGGGCGUCCUCCGCUGGGCAGAGACGAUGAGAUCCUUAAUCCUUAGGGCAGCUCAGAGGACCACGCAGCUACUAUGCCCCUCCCCGGGCGGGCAGAGGAGUCUGUUUGAGGAAGUCACCCUGGAGACCGGGCGCGGAGCACACGGGGAGUGCGCGGGCGGCCGCAGGCGGAGGGAGACCCGGGCGCCGGCCGCCUAGCCGUGUGCCGCAGGCUCCCGCAGUGGAGGAGAGGCAGGUCCAGGAGGACCCUGGCGGAGCCGCGGCUCCAGCGCUGCUGUGGGCUAUGAUGAUGUCAGACAUUGCUAAAGACAGAAUGGCUCAUUCUGUGAAGAAAAGGGGAAGUAUGUCUUCUCUAAGUGGUCGAGAAUUCUGGCAGAAAGAACUUCACAGGUGCACCAAAAACUCCAUGAGUACUGUGUCUUAUAUGGAUGAACCUAGCCAGCGGGAUGAUGCUUCUCGCCUUACAGUUCAGAUGGAAAACACCUAUCAACUAGGUCCUACCAAACAUUUUCCUGUGGUCAUUGUCAAUCACAUUUUGAAAGAUGUGUUAACUAAGUAUCUACAAGAAGAACAGUAUGAGCCAGAGCUCUGUAGACAGAUGACUAAAACAAUUUCUGAGGUUAUUAAAGCCCAGGUCAAGGACCUGAUGAUUCCACGGUAUAAGCUAAUUGUGAUUGUUCACAUUGGACAACUGAAUAGUCAGAACAUUUUUAUUGGAAGCAGAUGCCUCUGGGAUCCUAAAAGUGAUACCUUUUCAUCUUAUGUUUUCAGAAAUUCUUCUCUCUUUGCGCUUGCAAGUGUCUAUGCUGUUUACUUUGAGUGAUUGAAAAUAAGAAAUGUAGUUCUUACUUUUUUAAAUCACAAAAUAAGCUGUAUCUGUGUACACAAAAGCUUCCCUGCUCAAAAGUUUGAGAAAACAACAGUAAUAUUUCAAACAACUGGCAUUUUUGGACUUUUUCAUGCUCUGCUAAGAACUGAGGGAGGGAAGUGUGGUACAAGAAAAACUCUUGUUUAUCCAAAAGAAGAACUAAGUUUUGGUUCCACUGGAUCAUUUUUCAUAGAUAUGGAUUCUUUUUUAAUAUUACUUUGGUACUAAUUACUUUAAUUACUCUUUAAAUAGACAGUUAAAAUUUCCUGCAUUGUUUUUUAAUGAAGACAAGUCUAAAAAAUAUGGCUGUAUACCCUGACCAAUAAAUGACAGAAGAAUAUUCAACAUGGUAUACACAAAUGAUAAAUGUUAAUGUGUCUCAAUGCUGCAUGUAAAAGAAUACUGGUUUUCAUUUUGUACUUAAUAAAUUGAGCAGCAUUCAUUAACUGCAAUUAUUGUUACAUGUACCUGACAGUUGAAACUGCUGAGGUAGAAUUAAUGAUUUCAUAACAAUUACUGUUGUCCCACAGGGCUGCUCGCUAAAAUUGGAAGCUCUUGUGGGUUGCCUGCACUUUACAAAAUUGUGGGAGAGCUGAAUGUUGGCUCUUCAAUAAUGGAAACUGUAAAGUGAACAAAGGCUUUUUAGGGCACUGAAGUAGACCUCGUCGUAUUAAAUAUACAUGAUGUUUAAUAGUAAAUGUAUCUGUAACACUUAAAAUCAUGUAUUGGAAAGAGACACUGCUUUUAAAUAUACACUGCCUGAUGUGCCUUUGAAUUGAUUUUCCUGGGCUAACAAACUUUUACACAAAAUAUAUAGCUGGUAGCUUAACAAAUAAAACAUGUGUAUUUACUA